UACGGAAUCCUGAAAAUGAUUCACCCACUCAAUUUGAAAUUUGGGGUCAGCUUCAGUUAGAGAAGGAGAUUCGUGUUCCUCAAUCCGUGCAUGGCUCUGUUUAUGCAGAUGGAUGAGGAACCAGCUGUCCCUAAGCCAACAUUUAAUGAUUUCGGUUACAAGAAAGAUGGCGGUUCCAAUAUCACCGAUAAGGAUUGUAGUAGCUGGAAAGGUCAAGGAGAUUGGGAAGAAGACUGGGGUGAAGCCUAUGUUGGAAAAAGGCAGCCUGCUUUAUUUGUCAUUGAAGUUAACAGUGGAGAUGUCCGCCCAGUUGAUGGGAUUGGGAGGUCACUGAGUGUCGGACAAGUUGUAUGGGCUCCAGCAAGAAAAGGGUUACAUGAGUAUCUGGUCUUCGUUGGGUGGCCAUCAGACACUAGGAAGUUUGGAAUGAUUUAUUGCUUCAAUAGGCCCUGUGCCUUGUAUGCUGUAAAGGCUCCAUCAUUUGGAUCAGAUAUGAAAGAUAAUGCUAUAGAUGAUGCAUCACUAACAAAUCUAAGUGAAGGCACAAGUAGUGCUUUUCUUCCACGGUUCACCCCCGAUGGGACGUUUCUUUUGUUUCUGUCUUCCAAAACUUGUGUAGACUCUGGGGCACAUUCUGCUACACAAUCUCUCCAUAAAAUUGAAUGGAACAAUGAAGGAGCGCCAAGUCCUUCAAAGAUUCUUGAUGUGGUUCCUGUUGUGAUGUGUCCCGAGGAUGGUUGUUUCCCGGGGAUCUACUGUUUUAAUGUGCUUAGCAACCCGUGGCUUUCAGAUGGAUCUACAAUGAUAUUAUCUUCUAUUUGGCGCAGCACUGGAGUAAUAAUUUCUGUGAAUGUUUUAAGUGGGGAAGUUUCAAAACUCACUCCCAGUGAGUCAGAUCAUUCGUGGAGUUUACUUGCACUUGAUGGCAACAACAUCCUUUCUGUAUGUAGCAGCCUUAUAGACGUCCCGCAAAUCAAAUACGGUAGUCUACUUAAGGAGGAAUCUAUAGAUGCUGUUUGGAGCUGGCUGGAUGUUUCAAGUCCCACAUCUGAAAGUCAUGAGAAAGUCAAAUCGUUACUUUCGUCUCUCCAAUUUGACAUAUUGAAGAUACCAGUCAAGAAUGUCUCUGAGAAUGUUACAAAAGGUGCUGGCAAACCAAUCGAAGCGAUAUAUGUUUCCUCAAAAUCAAAAGGUCAUUCUUGUGACCCAAUGAUUGUAAUCCUUCAUGGAGGCCCUCAUGGCAGUUCCUUAACGAGCUUCUCGAAGUCAUUGGGUUUUCUUGCUUCAAUUGGCUAUAGCCUGUUAAUUGUAAAUUAUAGAGGUUCAAUUGGAUUUGGUGAGGAAGCAUUGCAAUCACUUUUGGGGAAUAUUGGAUCACAGGAUGUAAAUGAUGUCCUCACGGCUAUAGACCAUGCCAUUGACAUGGGGCUUGCAGACACAUCCAAGAUAACAGUGCUUGGUGGAUCCCAUGGCGGGUUUUUAACUACACACUUGAUUGGCCAGGCACCAGAUAAAUUUGCUGCAGCCGCUGCCAGGAACCCUGUUUGUAAUCUUGCUUUGAUGGUUGGUACAUCUGAUAUACCAGAUUGGUGCUUUGUGGAGACAUUUGGAACUGAUGGAGUUUCUAGCUACACAGAGGCUCCUCCGCCUCAACUUCUCACGACUUUUCAUGAAAAAUCCCCUAUUGCACAUCUUUCAAAGGUGAAAACUCCAACACUGUUACUCUUAGGAGCUAAAGAUCUUCGUGUCCCAGUUUCAAACGGAUUGCAAUUUGCGCGGGCACUAAAAGAGAAAGGAGUUCCUGUGAAAGUUAUCGUUUUCCCUGAAGACAUACAUCCUAUUAGCAGACCACAAUCAGAUUUUGAAAGCUUUGUUAACAUUGGAGUUUGGUUCAAGAAGUAUUGCAAGUGAAGGGGUGUUUCAUUGACGUAAAAGCGGGAAACAAUCUCAAUGCAUUUCUAAUUUUAUUUUUAUUUUUUGAAACACAACAAUGUCAACAUAUUGAUUUCAUUAUUUCACUUCCAGCAUGAUUUUAGGCAGAUUUGAUGCAAAUGAUACCGAUGGCAAAGCUCACCGACACAUUCCCUCAUUGUCUUUGUUGCUUUAGUGAAACUUUUACCUGUACAUGUAUAACAUCUGUUUGCAACAUUUUCUUGUUUAACUGUAUGUAUAUACGUUUUGAAUAAAGUAAAUUAGAUGGAAAUUGGUGCUUGACAAGCCUUCACGUUA